UAGAUCAUUAGCGGGGAGUCUUCAGUGAUCUGGGACACAAUAUCACUUGGACCAGAGAAUCAUUGAGGCAUCCUGAGUUGACUACAGAGAGCCUCAUCACACAGAACUGAAGGACCUGACAACGUAGAGCCCGACCGUUCCAAAAAUGGCAGAAAUUGAGGAAGCAAUUGAAGGCAUUGAAGAAGCCAUUGAAGGGGCUGAAGAAGGCAUCGAAGAACUGCCAGAAGAAAUACAAGAGGAAAUAGAGGCCGAAGUAGCUGAGGCCCGCACUGAGGUUGCAGAGUUUUCAAAAGUUGCUGAGACUUUGAAAACCUUCCUUAAGUUUGUCACGACAAGCAUACCUAAGGUGGUAGCAUUUGUUGGGAAAAACGUAGCCAUUGGUGCGAUCCUUUGGGGAGUAAAUGUGAGUCUCAACAAAUUAUUACCCCAUCAAAGCUCCGAAGCCAAGCAGAAACGUGCUGCCAUUAAGGCCCUGAGCUCCGUGAUCAAGACUGAGACUGACUUAAGUAAGAAGGCCUUGGAUUGGAUGAAGGAGCACAAAGAUGACAUGAUCACCCUGGCAGGGUUUGAGGUGCCAUUGGAAUCGGUUAUUGCAAAGUAUCUCAUACCAAUAUCUGAGGCUGUUGACUCAGCCUACGAUAUCGCAAAGAAACUUAAGGACAAGCUUGAUGGAAGCACCUACUACAACAUCCCAACUGGAGGAGACAUGAGAGACUUCCUCGCAGCUGGUGACGCAUUCCUCAAAGGCUUCAGCGACCUGGACGAGUUCAUCGCCAAAAAUCUGGGCAAGAUUCCACAGCUGGCGACCUUCCCAGUGAAACAGGGAGACAUCGAUGAUCUUACGACUCAGCUGAAGGUUGCCAAGGACCUACCUUUGUGGUAAAGAGAUGCGAUGCCUUGACUUUUGAUUAGUGGAGACAAAAGUCAGAAAGGCCGGUUUUCUCCAUCUGAUUAUAAGUCCAGACUACAAUUGUUUUGAUCUCUGGUUUGUGUCUGGUGAUGAAUUUAGGGUCAGGCCUACCUGUGUUUAAAAAAAAAUAUCUAGUGGUUGCCUCCUGUACCCAUCAUUAAUGCUUCUUUUCAACCAGCUUCUUCACUCAUUAUUUACAUUCCGUGUUCUAAGUCAUAAAUCUGUAAAACAACGCAACUUUUUCCCAUCAUCUAAAAAACUGUCCACGGGACAAAAGAAACAAAUAAAAAAACUAUAAUAAAAUGGGACAUUGGUUUGUCAUUCAAUUGUGUAUCUGUAGUGGAAAAACUGGACAUUUUCUGUGAUUUAAUGGCGCAACUGAAGUGAAAAUGCAAUUUUUUUUUGUCAUUAAAUGAUAUAAAAUCUGCAAAUGUUUAACAAAACCAAAAUAUAACAGAAAAGGUGCUGGUAGCUCAUUACACAGACUUCAUCCUGUAACUAAAAAUGGAAAUGUUCUGAUAAUUUAUGAGUGGAAAAAAAGGAAAUAUUAGAAACAUUAUACCAACGAAAACACAAGUUGAACUUUUCCUCAGUUUGCUAAUUCAUUGCAUCUGCUUUUAACACGACGACCAGAAACAACAACAUCACCUGAUGAGAUUUUUAUGUAUUCAGUCACAUAUUUUGGACAAUUACACGACUAAAUAUAUGUUAAAAUAUACAACCGUUAUUACACAGAUUUUGAAUCAGGCAAAGCAGGACAGUUGUCGUUCAAUUGACUGUAAAACAAACAUUAAAGUAAACCUUUGCUUCCUAACCCUAUGCAGUGGUUUUUAAAGGUUGGAAUAAUUAUGAUCUGUGUCAGUGCUUCAGAUCAUACAGGGUUUAUGACAAUCUUAAUGUAGCUGAGAGGUAUAGGUCAAUAGUACAAGCCUCUAGCUGACCCAUAAGCAGCUUAAUGACUGUAUUAUCUGUCAAAUGACCCUUUUUCUAAGUUUGUGGAAGAACUCCUGUCUGCCCUCUAUCUAUUUCACUCAGACCGUCUGAUAAACCCAAACUAGUGAGGCGAGGCUCAUAUCAGAACACCAUGAAAACAGAUAUCGCUGCACGCUGGUGUGAAAAUAAACAUCUUUUGCUGUUCACGCUAAAACUGCUUUACUUUUUGUUUUUACAAAUAGAGAAAUAAUAUGAUCAGAAACAUGUCAUGAUAGAAUACAGCUGUAGGGGAUAUUGGUUACCGUCUACUUAGCGGUUAACGAGGUUUGGUGUACCAGGGGUGUGCUUCUGUACGCAGUAUGACUGUGCUGGAAGCUUGCUGUGUGACAUCAUGGAUUUGAGCAGCCAGAGAUGUAUUAUGGUGGAUUAUGAUGAUGGAUGUUAUGUGUUGACUGAUGUCGUGUUCAUCAGUUCUACAUUGAUGUGUUUGUCUUUGCCUCUGACGCUUUGGAAAAGGGAAUAAAACAGCUUUGUGUGAUGGUGCAUGUUAUCGCUGAUCAUAAUAAACAUCUAUUGAUUAAACAUU